AUGACUUUGACCGUACUGUCGCUGGACGUGCUUUCCGCGGCAAGGAUCACACGUACCCGGGCCGGGUACGAUAGAAACUAGGGCACAGACCAGCGUCAAGAUAAAGUCAGUGAGAGCGGUGCCUCAGGAUGCGCAGGAACGGGUGGUGCCGUUAGUGGUGUCCAACAGCUCGUCGGAGGGGCGCGUAGAAGGAGAAGGGGGCCACGAACACGGCCCCCAAAAGGGCCUGCUGGAUGGUCUAGCUCACGAGCAGCCAUCGUCAGUACCCGGUGGUGGUGGUGGUGGUGGUGGCGGCGGCGGCGGCGGUGGUGGUGGUAGUAGUAGCGGUGCUGGAUCGCGAAUCGACUCUGCAGAGGCAGACCGCGAAGAGAAGAAGAUCGACCGCGAAGGCAGUAUCGAGGAAGUAUCGAGAACGAGGGAGGAGAUACUCGGUACCGAUACUUUGUGUGAUCGCGAUCCAGGAGUUGCAGGAAAGCAGGCACCGGCGGAUGCUGGCAACGAAGCAACGAGCUUCACGGUGGACGAGCAAUCGAACCGAAUCGUUCGAGUCAGCGAAAUCGGGCGGCAAGUAUCGAAAGCGUGCGAGGCGUUGAGAAUCGAGGAUCGCGGCGGUGGCGCGACACUGACCGAGACGCCGGUGUUGGUUCACGAGUGGCGUCGCCGCGAGGAGGCAGCGUUGGAUCUGCAUUUGAUAGCCGACAGCGGGUCGGAGGUCCGUUCGAAACGCGUCGUCGCGAGAAACGCGUCGUCGUCGUCGUCGUCGUCGUCGGUUGACAGCGUACUGGUACUUGGACGUGGUGGUGGUAGUGGUGGUGGUGGUGGUGGUGGUGGUGGUGGUGAGACGUGCGAGAGAAGAGGCGUGUGCCACGUGCACAGGCAACGAAGGAACGGCGGUGUUGCAGUCGGCGUUCCAGGCAGGCAUCACGCGGCGGACGCCGCGCGAAGGAGUUCGAGUCGAUCGUGUCGGGUUCAUGGUCGAAGGAGGGAUCGAUCGCGGGGAAAAGCGACAGCGGAACAGCGACAUCGGAACAACCAGAAUCCGCGGGAUUUGACGUCGGACGAGUUCGAGUGCUCGGUCAUACGGUUGGAGCAGGAUCCGAUUCUCGAGCCGGUAAGGAUACUCGGUUGUCCACCAGCUGAAGGACUGGAGAUCUCGUCGUUCCUGGAACCGGCGCCCAAUUACGUUUAUCACCCGGGUAUCAACGUCGCCCGGCUGGCGGGCAACGAGGCAGCCUGCUUCAGCCUCUACGAUCCGAACAACAUUCUGCCGAAGAGCCGGGCCGGCAGCAUCGCCAAAAUCCUCGAGGGACCUAAUCGCGCUGUGAAGGACAUUAACCGGAAGGUAUUGGCGAUGGCACGUGCCAUGACGCCGGCUUGGUCGCUGCGUUUGCUCGGCGUCAGCUGCGGUUCCGUGGUCUGCGCCUGGGGACUUCUCCUGAUAUUGUCCGUGCUGGGCGGUGGCGCCUCUCACGGUACCGCCCUCGGUAGCUUCGGUCUCGGCAGUUUGUCCGGUACGAUGGAAGACAUGAACAGUGCUAGAUGCCCGUGGUUGUGCGCGUGUACCGGUCAAGAGGUCGACUGCUCGCAUCGGGGCCUCACGCAGAUUCCUGGCGACUUGGCCAGCCUUCUCCUCGCCGAAAAACUGUAAGUCCAAGUUUCUUUGCUUCUUCCUCUUUCCUCUUUCCUCUUUUCUCUCGCUGUCCUCCUCUCUCUUUUCGUCCUCUUCUCUUUUCAAUUUCAAACCGUAUUUCAGACAACAAUGUUCACACGCGUUCUAG